CCCCAGGAUUGCAAAACGGAACAUUGAUUAUUUUCUUACUAUCAAAUUGACUCGGGAUAUCAUCAGCCUCAGCCAUUCCAUCAGCGCACUCGCAAGGACAUGAGCCAUACCAAUCCCAGAGGAUGAUAGAGUCAGAGAAUCUGCGCACAGCAUCGCUGUACAUCAACAACCAGCUGCUGUCGCGCGGUCUGCUUCGCGAUGGACAAAACAUCGACUUCGCCAACCCAGGCGACACGGGUGGCGAGCUGGCCGCGACCAUGGGGCGAGUCAUGAGCGUCGUCAACGACCUUAUUCUGCGACGUGACCGCGACGCCGAGCACCGCGAGUCGCUCUCGACGACCCUCCGCGCGCUCCGGGCCGAGUCGCUGCGGCAGGCCAACGACAUCCAGCAGCUGCGCGACAAGCAGGCCGACGCGCAGCGCAAGGUCAGCCUGGGCGAGGCGGCCGAGGCGACGCUGCGGGCGCAGCUGAGGGCCGCCGAGGCCGGCGUGCAGAGGCUCAAGGAGGAGGCCGCCCGGACGAAGGUGCUGGUGGUGCAGACGCGGUCGGCCUGCGCCAACGAGGUGCGCAAGCGCGACCGCCAGAUCGACGGGCUGAAGAAGGCGGUCUCCGAGGCCGGCCGCGCCAGGGGCGCCACCAAGAACUCGGGCAUCACGACCAUCAGCGUCACGGGCGAGGUUGGCGGCGAGCUCGACCAUGGCACGCCGCGCGGAGGCACGGCGACUGAUGGUUACAACUUGAGGAUGGAGACGAACGCGUUCCUUGCUGAGCUGGCUAAGGGCCUGAGCGAGGAGAACGAGAGCCUCAUCGGCCUUCUUCGGGGGACGAAUCAGAGACUGAAGGAGAUGAGCGGCUGGGAUAAGCAGGAAGCCGCAUGCCUCAUGACCGAUGGCCAUGCUCUUGCCCUCCCCGGCAGUCCCGAGGAGAUGGCAGACGAGAUCGAUUCUGUCCUCGACCACCUGCGGACGAUCCUGACAAAUCCGUCGUUUGUGCCCAUCGAGGAGGUCGUCAUGCGGGAAGAGGAGAUCGCCCGGCUGAGAGAAGGCUGGAUGCAGAUGGAGAGCCGCUGGAAGGAAGCGGUGCACCUGAUCGAUGGUUGGCGACGCAGGAUGCAGCUUGAUGGGCGGCCGGUCAACAUGGAAGAGCUGAAGAUGGGCUUACGGUUGAGCCCCGUGCGGGUUAGGGACGUGGAAGAAACGGCGCUGGGCCUCGGCCUGCGCUUGCCUGCUGUCCAGGAAGAGGCCGAGGAACUCAGCAUCCUGCAAACGCCCACCCCCGCGGACUCGCUGCAUCUAGUCCCCGCGCCCGAGUAUGAGGAUGAGGAUAUGAGCGACGCGGAAUCCAGCGUUUUUGAAGACGAUGUCGAUGUUGUCGAUUACGACGUCGAGGAACCAAACGUGCAGAUCCUCCAGCAGUCCACCAUGUUGGACUCACCGCCCCUGCCGUCGCCACCUCAGCUGAGUCCCCUCCGCGACUCUUACUCUGCGGGGAACCGCGGGGCCGCUGCGCCCCCGAAGAGGAGUCGCCCAGGGGAUUUCACCACCAUUGUAGAGGAGAACACGUGGGAAAUGGUGGCCAAAGGCCCCUCACCACCAGAGCAGCUCACCAAACCAGAGCCAGCAAAGAGGCAACAACCCCUGCCCACGAGGCCGGCAGAAGACGACGAGAUGCCCCCUCCGCCCGCCGACAUGCCGGCCUCGAAGGACUCAUCUCCCGAGAGCGUCAUGCUCGUCACGCACGCCGAGGACUCCCACCCCAAGCCAUCCACCGCCGCGACAACGAGGACCCAACAAAGGCCGACAUGGAAGCAGCAAAACCGCUCAGAACCGACUCCGGCAUCGAGGCGGCCAGCCAGACCACCACCCCGGUCAGCAAGUACGCGCAGCAAGCAGUCCGAUGGCGAGCAACCCCUCCAGACAACAUCCGCGACCACCACUACCACAACCGCAACCGCAAAGCCGUCGCGCACGCCCAGCAGCAGCAGCAGCAGUAGAAGCAACAGCAGCAUGGCAACAACCUCAUCAUCCACCACCACCGCCACAACCACAAACACCACCUCCAACAACUACAACAACAACAAGAGCACAGACCUACCCCCUCCCCAACCAACAACAACAACAACAACAACAACAACAACAACCAACCGCUCCCCCCGCCGCGCAAACUCGCGCCUCCCCCUCCCCCGGUCCGGCACCGCGGCGGCACCGCAGCAGCAGCAGCAACCACAAAGCCCCCUGACGAUGGCCAGCAUCGCCGCCAAGCUGGCCGCCUCGGAGCGCGAGGCCGACGCCGCCCGCGUCCGCGCCAAGCUCAGGGCCGCGCGCCUCGGCCGCGCCAUCGGCGCCGGCGCCCUCGCUCCCACGGCCGCGCCCCCGUCGGCUGCUGCCGCCGCCACCACCACCACGUCGUCGGUUGGAUCUGGCGGUGCGCGGGAGGAGGAGGAGGAGGAGGAGGAGGAUGAGAGAGAGGAGGGGAAGGAGCCGGUCAAGAGGGAUGUGGAUGCCAUGGCGUCGAGGGGCGGCGGCGUCGAGGCGGGCGGUGGUGGUGCCGCCAUGGAGGAAGAAGAAGGGGCGCGGUCGUCGCAGACGCUGUCGUCGCCCGAGAAGCCGAGGAAGCGGGCCAGGCGGACGAACAAGGCGGCGUCGAGGAGGAGGAGCACGCUCAACCCGCGGGAGCUGGAGAGCCUGAUAAUGGGGAGCGUUGAUGUUGUGGCCACGCCGGGGAGGUGAAAG